UCACAUUUUUAUGUAAGCAAGUAAAAUUGUGUGUACGUAAAUACGUUAUAAUAAAUACAAGAAUUAAUGGACCAUGCCAAACAAUGGAUCCCGGAUUCGAUUCGUGUCAUGCUUUUCCGAUUCAUGUUAUUUCUUCGAAUGAAUUUUUGAAACGCUUUUCGACUAAAUUUUGGAAUAAUGUGAAAUCAAAAAUCAUAGAGAAAAAUAUCACCGUUAUGCAUGUGGUUCCAAAAGGACCCCCUGAAGGUGACAUUGAGGGUAUUGUAUGGCUCAAGUCUUUUUCAGUCCUUGAACAACAUAUAGUGCAUUCACUAAAUCACGUGCAAUUUUGCUGUUACGGAUUAUUAAAAAUCCUAAUCCAUUUUGAAGUUGAAAAGUACGACGAAACUCGCGACACACUAUGUUCAUACCAUGCGAAGACCGUUCUGUUUCAUGUGUUAGAAGAUAUCCACUCCGACUUCUGGAUUCCUAGCAAUAUUUUCUAUUGCUUAUGGAUUUGUUUAACACGACUUCUAUUAUUUGUCAAGAGGGGAGUUUGCCCAAACUAUUUUAUUCCAGAAUGCAAUCUUUUUCUGAAGAAUAGAAUUUUAGAAACAAAGUGCAAAAUUGAGGAAACACUACUGAAAGUCCUACAAUCUGGAGCGUAUAACAUGUUGUUUUAUAUGAAAUACUUGUCCGAAACAUACCCUGUAAAAUUAUUGCAAAAUAUACCCACAUACUUGAGAAAACAUUUUACACUGUGCCAUGCCUUAAAAUCAGUGAGCGGACAACAUUCAACAUAUUUUGAAUGUACGUGGUCCAUUUUGAAAGCAAUUCAUCUCUUACAGAAUGAGAGGAACGAAAUAAAACGCACGACGCUAAAUUACCUUUUUAUGGUUUUAAUGAGAAGAGCAGGGGUUCUUUUGUAUGAGAAAUACAUACUUUAUGGGAAAACUAAGUACCUACUAACUGCAGAAGCUGCAUUCAUCGUUGCACGACAUUCUGAUGCAUCGGGGGGACUUUAUUUAGCUACAUUGUGGUACUGUUGUGGAAAAUUUGAACGCUCAAUGAAGCUUGUAUCCAGCAUUCUCAAGAAAUUACCGGACAGUGAUUCUCCACAUAUUUCAUAUGACAUUUCUCUAGGAUAUGAUCUCAGUAAACCAUGGUGCAGCUUUAGAGAUCUGAUGAGAAGCAAUUUAUUCUUUAAGAUGGAGUUAUACAAAGAUAGUAGUUUCCUGCCAAAGGCACUUGAAAACGUUGUACGUAAAGACUCAAAGACAUUUGAAGAAUUUCUAUUAUAUGAUAAAUCAUACGCUUUCGUCUUAAUGUUCCUUUGUCAUCUGGAGGUAAAUGGGAAAGAGGAAUGUAUACAAAUGCGUAACGAACUAAAUAAAUCUUACGAGGAUUCUAAUUUUAGUUAUCUUACACCCCAAGUGCAACAGAAUUCGAAAAUCUUAGCAAAAGUUGUUGACAGCAAGAUGACGGAACUAACUUCCACAUUUUAACGAUUGUUAAAAUAUGUUGAUGGUGAAAUAUUAUUUUUCAAAUAACGUUUUAUAUGAUCAUUUUUAACACUUGGCUAAUUUGUCUAGUCAUGACUAUAUGCUGUACAUAAAUGUAUAAUGUCA